CGGAACUUUACAUCUGUACUUCUUUUUACGUUAGCGUAAAUUCGCUUCAAUGGCGGAGGUGGCUGCAGCUGGGGGAGCUGGUCCCGAUGUCAACACAACUGGAAACCCGACAGAAAUGGCCAUGGCGUACUUACAAGACGAGAAUACUGAUGGAGACAUCCCAGACAUCAACCUGGGAGAACUAGACCUCACCACUGAUGAGUUCAUCCUGGAUGAAGUGGACAUUCAUAUCCAGGCCAAUCUGGAGGAUGACCUUGUGAAGGAGGCGCUCAAAACGGGUGUUGACCUCCGUCAGUACUCCAAACAGGUGGAGUCAGAGCUGCAGAGGAUUGAACAAGCCUCCAUUAAAGACUACAUCAAGGAGAGUCAGAACAUUGCUCUGCUGCACAACCAGAUCACCGCCUGUGACUCCAUACUGGAGCGUAUGGAGGGCAUGCUGAGCGGCUUCCAGUGCGACCUGUCCUCCAUCAGCAGUGAGAUCCAGACCCUGCAGCAGCAGUCGGUCAGCAUGAACGUGCGGCUGAAGAACCGGCAGGCGGUGCGCAGCCACCUCAGCCAGCUGGUGGACGAGCUGGUGGUGCCCGGAGCCAUGAUCUCCACCAUCCUGGACAGCCCUGUGACGGAGCAGGGGUUUCUGGAGCAGCUGCACGAGCUCAACAACAAGAUCAACUUUGCCAAAGAGCUGAGCUUCAGAGAGACGCUGGCCUGCUCCGACAUCCAGGACAUCGUGGACCGCCUCAAACUCAAGGCGGUGUCAAAGAUCCGAGAGUUCAUCCUCCAGAAGAUUUACUCCUUCAGGAAGCCAAUGACAAACUACCAGAUCCCCCAGAACACUCUGCUCAAGUACAGAUUUUUCUAUCAGUUCCUCUUGGCCAAUGAGAGAACAGUUGCUAAGGAGAUCAGAGAUGAGUAUGUGGACACGAUGAGUAAGAUUUACUACAGCUACUUCAAGUCGUACAGCGGCCGGCUGCUCAAAGUGCAGUAUGAGGAGGUUGCAGACAAAGAUGACCUGAUGGGAGUAGAAGACACCGCCAAGAAAGGUUUCUUCUCCAAGCCGUCUCUGAAGAGCAGGAACACCAUCUUCACUGUGGGCCAGCGGGGGGCCAUCCUGAGUCCUGCUGAGCUGGAGGGGCCCAUCCUGGUUCCACACACAGCUCAGAGAGGAGACAGCAGGUAUCCCUAUGAGACGCUGUUCCGCAGCCAGCACUACGCUCUGCUGGACAACGGCUGCAGGGAGUUCCUCUUCCUCUCCGACUUCUUCAUGGUGACAGGAAACUCUGCCCUCGACCUCUUCAACAGCAUCAUGGGGAAAACUCUCAGCAUGUUCCUGAAGAGCAUGUCCACUUAUGUGUCCGACUGCUACGACAGCAUCGCCGUCUUCCUCUGCAUCCACAUCAUCCUCCGCUUCAGAGCCAUCACCGUCAAGAGGACCAUCCCCGCUCUCGACAAGUACUGGGAGGCGGUGUUGGAGCUGCUGUGGCCGAGGUUUGAACUGAUCCUGGAGAUGAACAUCCACAGCAUCAGAAACACAGACCCUCAGAAACUGGGAGUACUGGAUACCAGACCGCACUAUAUCACUCGUCGUUAUGCAGAGUUCUCGUCGGCCAUCGUCAGCAUCAACCAGACGUUUACCAACGAGAAAACACACACUCUGCUGGGACAGCUGCAGGUGGAGGUGGAGAACUUUGUUCUGAAGAUGGCGGCAGAGUUUCCCUCCAGAAGAGACCAGCUCAUCUUCCUCAUCAACAACUACGACAUGAUGCUUAGCGUCCUCAUGGAGAGGGCAGCAGACGACAGUAAGGAGGUGGAAGGUUUCCAGCAGCUGCUCCUGGCCAGGACCCAGGAGUUUAUCGAGGAGAUUCUGUCCCCCCCCUUCGGAGGGAUGAUCGCCUUUGUGAAGGAGGCCGAGGCUCUGAUGGAGAAAGGGCAGCUGGACCGACUGAAGAACGAUGAAGCUCGUAUCACUCAGCUGAUUCGGGGGUUUUCCAGCUCGUGGAAACAGUCUGUGGAGGCGAUGAGUCAGGAUGUGAUGAGGUCCUUCACCAACUUCAAGAAUGGAACCAGCAUCAUACAGGGCGCUCUGACCCAGCUGAUCCAGUACUACCACGGCUUCCACAAGGUCCUGAACCAGCCCAGCUUCAGGAGCCUGGCCGUCCGCUCGGAGCUCAUCAACCUGCACCACCUCAUGGUGGAGGUGAAGAAGCACAAACCCAACUUCUAACAGGAAGCUGCGUCAGCGGGGACAUGGACACACACCUGGACACACACCUGCACACACACCUGGAGUCUCCUCUAGUCUCCGCCCCUGACAUUUAUUCUGUAAAGCAUUAACAAAACACACUUUGCUGCAUAUUCCCUCCAGCUGCAGAUCAUAUCAGUCGGUAUCCAUAUGGACCAAGUUAUUGAAUGUUUCUAUUUAUUUCAUUUCAUGUCACUCAUCUCUAAAGAGAGAUGUGGGGGAUAAUUGAUUACCCUAAUAAUAACAAUCAAGCUGUGCAUUUAGAUUUAAGAUGUAUGAAAACAAUAUGACUUAUGAUAGAUGAACAUAUGUUAAAGUCCACUCAGUUCUGCUGCUUAUAGUUUUCUGCUGAAAUUCAAAACAUGUUCAAAUAAAUGAAAGGAAAUGCUCUUUUA